GAUUUCAACCAAGCGUUGCAGAAACCUGAGCUUCGAUCCUGGAUGGCCACAUUGGACCUGGAGUCCUAUGACCUUGUGAAUUUGUUCCAUCUUAUUGACGACGGUGAUGGCCGUAUCACAGUGGCCGAGUUUUUGGAUGGUGCUAUUCGACUUCGGGGCUUAGCCAAGAGUGUCGAUCUGGCACAGGUGCUGAACACCACCCGGCGAGUCGAUGUGAAGAUCGAGGCCCUUUUGAUGAGCAUGAAGGAACUUACCAACAACCACAAGGUUGACACCUUCAAAACGGAGGCCAUGGGGAAGAUGUCAAAAGUCACCACCCGCCGGCUCUCCUACAGCAAGAGGUGUGAAGAGCCGCCCAGUGGUGGCCUCGCAUCAUCCCUCAUCCCCUCCAUCUUCAGGAAGAGCGCAACCCUGAACAGCUAG